CCUCAGCUGUCAGCUUUGCUUCAAGCUACAGCCUGACCUGCAGCCUGUCCUGUGAAGCUAUGGCAUCCAGUGAAGACGAAGGGUCUGUGGAAGAGAAGGAAAAUACCAAGAAAAGGACAAUCGGCCCUGUGGCUACAGCAUGGCUCACCUUUUACAACAUUGCAAUGACUGCUGGGUGGCUUGUUCUUGCAAUUUCUAUGAUCCGGUUUUACAUGGAAAAAGGAACACACAAAGGGUUGUACAAAAGUAUUCAGAAGACACUUAAAUUUUUCCAAACAUUUGCUUUACUUGAGAUGAUCCAUUGUGCACUUGGAAUAGUGCGCACAUCGGUGCUUGUAACUGGGGUCCAAGUCAGUUCUAGAAUCUUCAUGGUUUGGUUAAUCACAAACAGUAUAAGACCGAUCCAAAAUGAAGAAAGUGUUAUUGUUUUUCUGGUUGUGUGGACUGUGACAGAAAUCACUCGAUAUUCCUUCUACACAUUCAAUCUUCUCAACCUCUUACCAUACUUCAUUAAAUGGGCCAGGUAUAAUUUAUUUAUUGUCUUGUAUCCUGUCGGCGUUGCGGGUGAACUCUUCACUAUUUAUGCUGCAUUACCAUAUGUGCGGAGGACUGGGAUGUAUUCUCUGCGGCUUCCAAACAAAUAUAAUGUUUCUUUCGACUACUACUACUUCCUAAUAAUCGUAAUGUUGUUUUAUAUACCAUUGUUUCCUCAACUGUACUUUCACAUGCUACGACAAAGAAGAAAAGUUCUGCACGGAGAAGUAUUUGUGGAAAAGGAUGAUUAACACAAAACAUAAUUUUUCCUGGUGCAGGAAUUUACUGACUUCAAAUCCUGGAUAACCUGAUAUAAUAUGCAAUGGACUCUUCUUUUUUAAACCAGAGCUAUUAAUGCCAUCUUUGUAUGUCCCAAAUAUUUUGCUCUGUCCCAUUCCCCCUUUUUUAAGGUUGAUCAGCACCUACAUUGGGUUCCUAGGUGCAUUUAUAUUGCUGAUGAUCUUUUAUAGGGGAAACAAAUACAAAAUAUUUCAAAUGAAGAAUAAAUAAAGAGAAAUUUGUCUAGUU